UUACAUACACAAUAACACUCUUGAGAACUCAAAACAAAUAUACUGAAAUAAAAAUUGAAGAAGAAGAAGAAGGUGAUCACACAGAUAAGAAUGUCGAAAACUCAAGCGAGUAUCGGUGACCUGACAUUCAAAGGCUUUGGCGAUCUUAUUAAGCUUCUUCCGACGGGCACCGUCUUCUUGUUCCAGUUCUUGAACCCAUUGUUGACCAACACCGGCCAUUGCCACACAUUUAACAAGUACCUCAGUGGUCUGCUUCUCUUUGUUUGCAGCUUCUCUUGUUGUUUCUCCUCCUUCACUGACAGUUAUACAGGAAGUGAUGGAAAAGUAUAUUAUGGCAUUGUGACAAAGAAAGGGCUGUGGAGUUUUUCUGAUCCAAAUGCAAGAUCAAUUGAUCUCUCAAAGUACAAACUUAGGUUUGGGGACUUUGUUCACUCAUCUUUGGCAUUGGUGGUGUUUGCAGUGAUAGCUCUUUUGGAUAAUAAUACAGUGUCAUGUUUCUACCCAUCUUUGGAGACAGAGGAGAAGACGUUAAUGACCAUUUUGCCUACCAUUGUUGGUGGCUUGUCUAGCUUUGUUUUCAUGCUCUUCCCUAAUAAUCGCCAUGGAAUUGGCUACCCUGCAACACAGCCUGCCCAGGACUAAUAUUUGGAUUUAUAUUUAUUGCAAGUCAUUUGCUUGAUCAACUUGAUUUAAUAAUGUUUUCAUGUAUGCCAAGGGUGUAUUUCAUGUUGUUUGUAUAUGGGUCAUAUAUUGGAAUUAAGAUUUGAUAAAUAUUUGUUUU